CAACAACAACCACUGCACCCAUCUUUCAUUAAACUUACUCAUCAAAAUGGGCGUUGAAAAGACCACUCUCUUCAACGGCAACGGGGUCGACUAUCCCCAGGCCAACGACAACGUCACCAUGCACUACACCGGCUGCCUCUACGACGCCAGUGCUGCGGGCAAGAACUACAUGGGAAAGCAGUUCGAUAGCUCCAAGAAGCCCGGCCGCGGCCCCUUCGCGACCAAGAUCGGUGUCGGCCGUGUUAUCAAGGGAUGGGACGAGGGUGUGCCGCAGAUGAGCCUCGGCGAGAAGGCCAUCCUGACAAUUUCCCCUGACUUUGGCUACGGUUCCCAGGGCUUCCCCGGUCUGAUCCCCGCCAAUUCCACCCUCGUCUUCGAGGUUGAGCUUCUCAGCAUCAACGGCAAGAAGGCAUAAAUGUUUUCGAAAGAAGAAAGCCUGAAAAAGGAUGAAGACGAUAGUCGAUUUGAUUUCGAGAAUUGGACGGCACAAUAAUACUCAAAAAAACCAUGGGUUCUGAUUGGAAUAAUGGCACGAUAUAUAAAGAUAUCUGGACGAGGAGAAGGAGAAAAAUGAGCCUUCUAUUUGCUUUUUUUUAUGACUUGCACUCGGAAGAGAAAAGAGAUUGCUUUCUUUUUGG